UAUGACAGGUAUCGCUAAAAAUAUGUUUAUGUGCCAAAAUGUUUUAUGAAAACCAGACGUAAAUUAAAAUUUUAAAAACAUUGCUUUUUCCGAAUCAUGAGCGAUAACAACCGGACAUGUAGCAAUGAGGCUAUGGAAAAAAUGAUUGGAAAUGUGACUGCUGAAUUACAAAAUACUGAUGGCCAGUAUAUUAAUUUAGGAUUCACACCACCUUCAACACCCCCAGAACAAUUGAAUUGGUCCCAACAGCCCAGUUAUAUGAACCACUACAACGCUGGUGUUGAGCAAUACCCGCAACAACCCUUCAAUUUCAUGCCACCACAUCCUCAAAUGUUUGACCAAAACGGGUACAAAAAAAACUUCAAUAACCUUUCCGAGUAUGAUAUGUAUAAAAUGAGACAAAAUGGAGCCGCAGAUAUUGGUCGCUUCGAAAGGGACUACUACGUUCCACAAAUGCUGAACAAUAUUCCACUGCAACCCCAUCAAGACGCAGUGCCUCUCUCAUCGACUCGAGGCCAACUGUUUGAUCUUGUCGGUAACUGGAUCGGACCUACCAUCAAUGGUACUUACUCUCCUUUUGGUACUUCUGAGAAUUACCCGCCUAAUCCUAAUGUAUUUGAUUUACAACAAGAUCUCACAAACGCGAAUAUAAUUCAUCAACUAGGUGAAGAACCGAAAUUUGCCACUGCUGAUCACUUGGAGGAUGUUCAGUUCCAAUUUAAUCGUGAUAUGAGGAAACCUCGAAUGGUAGCGGAAGUAAAACCGAUGCGCCCCAGCUACUCCGAUGUCCUAACAAAACCCGUGCCUCAAACUACAAGCAAACCGUUGAAGAGUGAUGCAAAAGAAAGUAAACCGAAGAAAGAAGGUAAAAGAAGUACUAAAAAUGAAAAGGGCCAAAAAGCUGGGAGCACCCUGAACAGGAGCAACACAAACAAUGAUAUAAAGGAUAUCUCGGCAGACAAAAUCUCGAAUCAAACCAAGGACAAAAGUAAGACUCACAAGGGGGGUCAAAUGAACAGAAAGUGGGCUUCGUUAGAUGAUAUCACCGACCCUCAAGUCGGUAAAACUGAUGACGUGAAAAAAAGGAAAGUGGAAGGCAAGGAUUCCAACAAAUUGAACGCUAGAAAGAUGAAUAAAACUGUCAACGACAUUGGUGAUAUUGAAACUGAUAAUACAAGAAGUGAGACAAUUAAUGUAACUAAAAAUGGUCUGAAGAAAAUAAACAAACCAAUGGCCAGACCAAAACUUUAUGAUUUUGGUGGUAGUGAGAAGCCUCCUGGUAAAAGGAACCAAAGAACUAGGAAGAGAGAAAAUCAUGUUCCAUUCGGUAUAGUUGGACAGAAAGUGAAGCUCUAUACUAAAGGCUGGUGGAAAAUCUUCACGGUUUUCCUGCUGUGGCUGUUUCAUUUGAUCUCUGACAUAUGUCACUUGAGUCUUCAUAUUAGCCGAGACAUGGCUGCUAUUUCAUGGACAUGGAUAUGCAUCAACUGUGCUCUUUUAGUGAACUCGACCAAUUCUUUUAUUCAAGGGAUUCCCCUAGUCGAAUGGACAAUAAACAAAUUCAAAGGUAGAAAAAAGGAAUCCACCGAUUCGCAGAACAUAAACAUGCCAACAACUGGAGAGGAAGCUAUGAAAAGGUUGUUAGCUUGCAAAGGAAAAGACCCUUACAGCAUACUGGGAGUUUCCCCAAAUUGUACAGACGACGAUAUCAAACGGUAUUACAAACGACAGGCGUUUUUGGUUCAUCCUGAUAAGAACAAUCAGGUGGGGGCCGAAGAAGCUUUCAAGAUUUUAUCACAUGCUUUCAAUCUGAUCGGAGAUCCUGAACAGAGGACGUCUUAUGAUAGAGGUGUUGUUCAAUCUGCCCAAGUAGCCCAGGCCUGGAGCGAACUCACGGAGUUGCUGCAGCAGUUCCAGCAAAAGGUCGAAACUGCUGCCAACACGAUUAGGUGUAGUUCGUGCGGUUUCAAACACAAACGGGUGAGAAUCGACAGGCCGAGUUACGCAGCCAGAAACUGCAACACUUGUAAGAUCCACCACUCGGCCAGAGAAGGAGACAUCUGGGCGGAAGCCAGAGUUCUCGGAUUCCUCUGGCAUUACUACGCGUGCAUGGAGGGAGCCGUUUACGACAUAACGGAGUGGGCGGGAUGCCAGAAAGGUAGCAUGAAGCAACUCAAACCGGACUCCCACCACGUUCAGUAUCGGAUUUCUCUGGGGAAGCAUAACCAGCCUAGAAGACACACGCCUACUCUGCAUCCGGGCAGGCCGGACUUGGAGAAUCUGCUGAAUAGUUUUUAUGGACAGACGGAAGGUGCCCAAGGCACCCGACGUAGAAAUAAAAAAGGCUACAAGUGAAUGUGUUAAUCUCAAUAAUUAUAGACGAAUGUUUUCUUUUUUGCAAAGAAUGCUAUAUUAUAUAAUUAUAAUGCGCUUAAAGAAUAAAUAAGUUUUAAAAACUGAA